AUGGCACACCCACCACAGCCUGAUGCGCCUGAGAAUCAUAUGGAUGAUUUCGAGGAUGAAGAUGAAGCCAGCAACAAGCCAUGGCCACCUAGGCAUGCGUUGGCGGCACUUUGGGAAGAGGAUGUGGUCAUUAGGAAAACCCUGAGGGACAAUGGCAAAAUGUUGACAUGGCCCAAGAAGGCGUUAACCGGAAUUGCUACUCUCUCCGCUUUGUCCCAGAACCGAGCUGCCAUCAAUGAUGCUCUCACAAUUUGGGCUAGCCACGAAACCACCCCCAAGAGCCCACCCGUUGAAUGGCUGAAGGAUGAGGAUCCUCUUCUCCAUGGAUUGAUGGACACCAUGACUGACCAUUGGGGAGGGACACCACCGCCGGCCCAGCCAGCCAUCGAUGACGAGCAACGAGCAGCAGCUGAUGAUUCAGAACCAGGCGCUUCUGAUCCUGGGGAGUGUGAGGAGGAUCCCAUGGCCAUGGCCAUGUUACAGGCAUCCCGAGCUUGUUUGGAGGCACAAAGGGAGGCAGUCCUGAGGCGGUUGCAAGCCAUCCGUGAUCUGAAGAACAAGCCCAAAAGAGAAGACCGUGUGAAUGUUGAUGCUAUGGAGACCCUGCCCUUUGACAUGGGUGGUGGUGACUCUUAUGGUUCCAUGUUGGAGACUAGCUCGGAGGUUGGUGCCCCUGAUUCACCAACCCAUGGAGUCGAAGCCCUUGCUGAUCCCAACCAUGAUGGAACUCAUGCUGUUGGGGUUGAUACUGUUCCUUCACCCAACCAUGGAGAUGAUGACAUCUUGAAGAAGAGAACUCUGGAACUUGGUGAGACGUCUGAUGGUGAGCAGCCUCUCACCAAUCCUGAGGACCAGCCUGCCCUCCCAGGCCAACCGGUCUCUCCUCCAUCGGCUUCAGUGCCUGCAGCCAGCGCAGCAGAGAAUGUGGAGCGACAGGUGGAGAAUGGAGAUGAUGGGGUUGGGGUCGUGGCACCACUGGAUGCAAUGGUUUCACAUGAUGGUGAUGUCAGUUUCAAUCCGGACAAGCACCAGGAGCCACUUUCUCGUAUCCAACAGUUUGGCGGUGUACCGGAAGCUGAUGGCGAUCUUGACACCACCAAGCCAAAAGGAACCACCAGCAAGAAGGAUGCAAAGGAAGCACCUACCAAAACCCGAGCCUCCAAGGGCAAUGCAGCGUCCUUCGCUCGCCGCAAUCCACCUGCGAAUGAGCGGGCCAAGGCUGAGUGGGAGGCCAUUCGCAGUGCUUAUCGCCGAGAGUUGAUGUAUCUUCGCCCCCAAACCAAACAUGAGGAUGGCUUUUGGAAGUUUGUCAAGAACCAGAACCAUGAAGUCGUCGAUGGAACGGCUACGGAUGCGCUGGGUGAUGUGAUCAUGGGUCUGACUGAGGAGUAUGCCAACCUUGCCAAGUGA